UGACAAUGACAUGUAAGCUUUGACACGUCUUAUUAAAGUUGUUCUCAUUAUUUAUCAGGAAGUUCAUAAUUAUUUACACGUUUAUUUUAAUAGUUUAUAUACAAAAUGGCUUUAACAAAAGAAGAAAAAAAAGCAAAGAAGGAGGCCAAGAAACUUGAAAAGCUCAAAGCUGAAACAGAAGCUCGUAAGCAUGCAAAACGUAUGGAGUUACAACGAGAAUUGGCUGCUCAAGCCCGAAAAAAAGGCGAAUUAGACAAAAUGUGGCGUGAAUUAAUGCUGAAGAUUAAGGAGCCUUUGUUCAAACACGAUAUUGAAAUCAUGUGGCAUACCUUUGAGCGAGCGUAUGACAAAAAAGAUCAUUUCAUAAAUCACACAAUGAAGCUAAUGGACAUAGCCGAUGAUCAGUUCCAACGCACCGUUGCCAGUUUUUGCAAUACAAUCGAUAACAUGAUAAAUAAAUUCUUAUCAGAUUUAGAACAAUUGUCUAGGGACAAUGACCGAAGGACCUCGGAGUUGUUGAAAAGCGGCGAAGAUGAUAAAGCUCGCAUAGUGACGGAUCAUGACGCGGCUGAAACACAUUUACAGCUACUCCUGUAUCAUGCUCAUACCACUGCAGAUAAUUUAGCUUGGACUACCCGAGGAGAAAAUCUAGUAAAACAAGACGAAGAUACUAAUAAAUACUUUGGUGAGCGUGAAAACUUAAGGUCAAUUCUUGAGGAUAGAUACAACACGGUUUGGGAAGAAUAUAAAGCUGUUCUGAAAUCCUACAUCGUUGAAACUGCUGACAAUCAAAAGCAGGUGCGUAAAUUACGCCGAAAAGAAAAUUUAAUGGCUGAUAUCAUUGCUGCACAAAGCAAGAAAAUUGCUAAUAGCGACGGAAUGCUUAAACGCCUCCGCAAUGAGUUAGCUGCGUAUGAGUCAGGAACAAAACAAGCUGUGUUUAGAGAUCGGCGCAACCGACACCGUGCUGCAUGUCACAAGCUUAAAAGACGUCUAAUAAAUGGAUGCGCCCUUGACUUGAGACAGAUGGCUACACUGGUCAAAUGUACUGAUGAUACAAUUGAGUGGCUCGAGUCAGCAGCUAAAAAAGGCGAUAAGAUCCUUCGUAUGGCAGCUCUUUGUAGGAAGUUUGAAAGUCAACGUGAAAAAGUUUUGCCCUACGGUUCUACGGGUCCUCACUCGCCGACGCAACUAAAAACUAGUAUGAGACCAUCAAAGUCCGAUGAUUCUUUGGUUAUAAAUGCUAUAUCUUCCACCUGUGGCUUAACAAGACUGUGGCAACGUCUAUCAAAAGCGGAAUUAGUUAGACGAGCUUUAGAACGCGAGAAAAACAUGUUGGAGCUUGAAAACGCGUAUAUUAUGCAAAAAAUACAGGAGCAAAAGGAAAACCCAUCCGGUCCGGAGAUAAAGCAAUGUAAAUGUGACCCUAAUAGAAAAAAGGGAACUGUGCAUCAACCCGUAGCGAUUGACGGUGUUUUUGAAGUUAAUAAAUACAAAUUAAUGUGAAUAAAUAAAAUAUUUCUACCA